AUGAACAUAUCGUUGUUUUGUUUUCCAUUUGAUACUAUAAAAACACCCAAAACAUUACCAAACUUGCCCUCUACAAAAAAAACAACACAAACUUUACUACAAAUUUUCUUCCUUUUUUAUCGUCCCCGCUUGUUCAACAAUUUCUUUGCUUCUUCUAAAAUUUCAAUAAUGGCCAAUUCAAGGAUUUUAUUUUCAAUAAUUGCCUUCUUUCUCUUCAUUAAUACUUCAAUAUAUGCCAAAUCAAUUGCUGUGUUGGACGAAGAAGACCAAGACGAAUUUCUUGAUCCUAUUGUUGAAAAGAGAAGAUUGUCAAACAUAAUAGAAGAAAUGGCAGGCGACGAUAAACGCAUAAUAUCUACAAAUUGGGCAAUGCUCUUCAUCGUCAUCGGUGUACCGAUUGGUGUGAUUCUUCUUAUUGUUCUAACAAUUGUGAGUUUGAAAGGGAGUGGGGCAUAUACAGUAUGCUUGGGCUGCUAG